AUUUUCAAUUUUAUUUUACAGUUUUUAGGGUUUCUGAUAUUAUUUUUUUAAUAUGACCAAAUGCAGUCUUAUUUUCGUUUUAUUUUUUAUCAUUUUUUGUUGCACGACCAAAGCAAAGAUCCAUUCAAGUCAAUAUUUAGAUCGUGAAAUUUCUCCAACUUUGAUUUCACAAGACGACAAUGCUGACAGUAACAGUUUACUUAUGUCAAGGUACAAAAGGUUUCUGUUGUAUCGAGAGCGGAGAGCGGCCCCUAGUGGUCAAAAGAAGCUGAAAUCGUAUAAGUUUGACCUUAACGACACAACUCAUAAUCAAGCUCUUAUUCACUGGUCGGGAAAGAACAGCUCAGUCAUUUUCAUCCUAACAAGAAAAAAGAAGACGGUUUCAGGCGGGGGAAUAUCAGAUAGUUCCUUAUGGAGAUCUACUAACUAUGGCAAGACGUAUGAACCAGAAUGGAAGAAGUUUGACAACAAGACCAUCCUUAACAGCUACUUUGUUUGCCCUGGAAACAUUUCUAAGGUUAUAUUCAUCGACACUUACAACAAUUGUGGUCGCAUAUGGGUGUCUACUACAGAGGGUGAAACAUAUACACCAUACAUGCUAUCAUUCUCAUUGGAUAAGAUAGAGUUUCAUCCUGAGGAACAGGAUUGGUUGUUGGGAUAUGAUAAACAGGCUUCAGUGUUGUAUUGUUCACAAGACUUGGGAAAAACAUGGAGUAAACUGCAGAGUUAUGUAACUACUGACAGGUACUUCUGGUAUGUAAAAGACGUAGACACAAUUGAAAACAGCACAAGCAUUGUUCACUUUGAGUACAGAGACAUGGAUGUCUUUCCAGGACGCACCUUCCUUGUGAAGUCUUGUUUCAUUCCCAACUGCGAUCCAACUCCAUUCCAAUUGCAUUGUGAUGAACUUGGUGGCAUUGAUAGAGACUCACUUGUGGUGCAGGAUAACUACACCUUUGCGCAGAAACCAGGAGCUCGUGAAAAGCUUUAUGUUUCCUUCAUGAGAGGAAAGUUCGUGAAAGCAGAUUUUCCCGGGAAUAAUGAACAAACAGACUUCUAUGUUGUAAGUUCAAAUGGUGGAACAGUAGUGGUCGGUAUCAACCAUAUUGACUGGCUGGCUCAUCUUUUCUUCUCUGAUAUUACUGGAGUAAAAUAUUCGCAAUCACUUUCGAACGUCCGUUAUUUUGGAAGGAAAUCUGGGACGGAGACUAUUUUUAAUGUGGAUAUUUAUGAGGUAAUGAUGAUGCAUUGUUGA